GCUCGGAUCCCUCCAAUCAGAGGACGGCGUGCGGCUGUUGCUAGGCAGAAUAUGGUAAUCCGGCCCAGGCCGCCAUCUCUGCAGCUACCAUUGUGAGCCAUGUUGCCCAGGCUAUGUAAGCUGUGUUUGAGGAGAAGUACGGAAAACAGGUGAGAGCUGGGUGUUGAGCUCCUGCACAUAAGAGCAAUCCUUGUCUACAAGAGAAAUCCAACAUGGAUGCCAAACAGGAAGGUCCUCAUGUCUGGUCGCAUACAGAAGAGCAUCAGCCCAGCACUGCCCAGGUGCAUUUUGUUCCAGAUGGGGGCACCGUGGCACAGAUUGUAUACAGUGAUGACCAGGAUCGCUCCUCGCAGCAGGUGGUGUACACGGCCGAUGGCUCAUCAUUCACAUCAGUGGACGCCUCUGAACACACCUUGGUCUAUAUCCACCCUGUGGAUGGCUCUCAGACUCUCUUCACAGAUCAGCCACAGGUUGCUUACGUUCAGCAAGAUGCUACUACCCAACAGGUGACUGUGUUGCUUCCGGCUUCCCAAAGCAUGAACACCGCUAACCUGGCAGUUCUCAGCAGCGUCCAAGAGUCCGCCCAAGCCAUGUCGUUGGAUCCUAUGUCACAGGCAUCUUUAUCGGUGCACGAUGGCAGCUUACCUCCUGUGGAGGGUGUGGAGAGCACAACAAACAUGACUACAUUGGAAGGUCCGAACACAAACUCGCAAGCCAAGGAUGAUGAUGAGGAUGAUGACGACGACGACGAUGAUGAUGAUGAUGAUGACGAUGACGACGAUGAUGAUGACGAAGAGGAUGAAGAUGAAGAAGGGGAGGACUCUGAUGCGGAUGAAUGGGGACCUGACCCACCACGGCCGUUUGAUCCCAAUGAUCUGUGGUGUGAAGAGUGCAAUAACGCCCAUCCAUCAGUGUGCCCGAAACACGGGGCCCUCCAUCCCAUUCCGAACCGUCCUGUAUUGACCCGAGCUCGAGCCAGUUUGCCCUUAGUCUUGUACAUUGAUCGCUUUCUUGGAGGAGUGUAUUCCAAGAGACGUAUACCAAAACGCACCCAAUUUGGACCUUUGGAAGGACCUUUAGUUAAAAAAUCUGAGCUGAAGGAUGGCUACAUCCAUCUGAAGGUGUCUCUCAGUAACCCUCUGGACUCCCAGGAUGCCUUUCAGGAGGAUCUUUGGUUUGACCUGUCUGAAGAGAGUCUAUGUAACUGGAUGAUGUUUGUCCGGCCAGCACAGAACCAUUUGGAGCAGAAUCUUGUGGCCUAUCAGUACGGCCAGCACAUCUAUUACACCACCAUUAAGAACAUCGAACCAAAGCAGGAACUGAGGGUUUGGUACGCUGCAUCCUAUGCAGAAUAUGUUAAUCAGAAGAUUCAUGAUAUCUCACAGGAGGAGAGGAAGGUCCUCAGAGAGCAAGAGAAGAACUGGCCGUGUUAUGAAUGCAAUCGCCGAUUCAUGAGCUCUGAACAACUGCAACAGCACCUCAAUUCCCAUGAUGAGAAGCUGGACUUCUUCAGCAGAGCCAAGGGACGUGGUCGUGGAAGGACGAAGAGGAAAUUUGGACCUGGGAGGAGACCCGGAAGACCCCCAAAAUUUAUGCGCAUGGAUUUUUCUGGAGAAAAUCGAGAAAAGUGCAGUCUGGGGAAUCAGGAUCUCCUGCAUUUCCAGAAUAAGCGGUCGCAGUUUGAAGAGACGGGUCACGAUACGAUAAAUGGCCUGGAUCAGUCCGAACUCUCACUGGGUACAGCGACGCAAGAUCCAACCGAUCAGCAGCCAGACACCCAUGUUCUGCAGACUACUGUCCCUCCUGUACAGCCCUCACCUGCCGUUUCCCAUAGUGUCCUGACGCCUGAAGACAUGCGACGAGCCAAGCGUAUUCGGCUGGAGCUGCAGAAUGCCGCUCUGCAGCACCUUUUUAUACGCAAGUCCUUCCGGCCGUUCAAGUGCUUGCAGUGCGGAAAGGCCUUCAGGGAGAAGGACAAGCUGGACCAGCACUUGCGUUUCCAUGGGCGAGACAGCAACUGUCCCCUGACCUGUGACAUCUGCAACAAGGGCUUCAUCAGCACCAGCUCCUUGGAGAACCAUAUGAAGUUCCACCUGGACCAGAAGACCUAUUCCUGUAUCUUUUGCGUGGAGUCGUUUGACCGAUUGGAUCUCUUGAAAGACCAUGUUGCUGUGCAUGUUGUCGAUGGCUGUUUCAGCUGCCCUAACUGCAAAAAACGCUUUACAGACUUCAUUCAGGUGAAGAAACAUGUUAGAAGUUUCCACUCGGAAAAGAUUUACCAGUGUACAGAGUGUGAUAAAGCUUUCUGCCGGCCAGACAAACUUCGUCUACACAUGCUCAGACACUCUGAUCGUAAAGACUUCCUUUGCUCUACAUGUGGAAAACAGUUCAAGAGAAAAGACAAGUUAAGGGAACACAUGCAGCGAAUGCACAAUCCAGAGAGAGAAGCCAAGAAGGCAGAUCGCACUGGGCGCACCAAGUCCUUCAAACCACGUCUCGCUUCCACAGACUACGAAAGCUUCAUGUUCAAGUGCCGCAUGUGUAUGAUGGGAUUCCGGAGGAGAGGCAUGCUGGUCAAUCACCUGUCAAAGCGACACCCGGAAAUGAAGAUUGAGGAAGUCCCAGAGUUGACACUACCCAUUAUCAAACCCAACCGAGACUAUUACUGCCAGUACUGUGAGAAGGUCUAUAAAAGCGCCAGCAAAAGGAAAGCACAUAUCCUGAAGAACCACCCGGGAGCAGAGCUGCCUCCCAGUAUACGGAAACUGAGACCGGCUGGGCCCGGAGAACCAGAUCCCAUGCUUAGUACUCACACCCAACUCACAGGGACGAUAGCAACGCCUCCGGUUUGUUGCCCCCACUGUGCCAAGCAAUACAGCAGUAAGACAAAGAUGGUUCAGCACAUACGCAAGAAACAUCCAGAAUUUGCUCUGUUACCUAUCUCAACGCAGACAGCGAUGAUUAGUACAAACCCCAGUGUUCUUACGGCUGAUGGCACGAGUGGUGAAACCGUGGUGACCACAGAUCUUCUAACGCAGGCCAUGACGGAACUAUCUCAGACUCUGACCACAGAAUACCGCACUGCGCAGGGAGAUUUCCAGCGGAUCCAGUACAUCCCGGUGUCGCAGGGCACGGCCGGCAUGCAGCAAUCACAACAUAUACAGCUGCAGGUGGUGCAGGUUGCCCAGGCUUCAUCUCCUCACCAGACACAGCACUCUACAGUGGAUAUGGGACAGCUACAUGAAACCCAGGCCUACACUCAACAUGCCAUCCAAGUGCAGCAUAUCCAGGUGGCAGAGCCAGCUCCAGGCACCCAGGCGCCUUCUCAGGUAGGGGGCCAGUCUCUCAGCCCUUCAUCGCAGGAAAACGAUCAAAAUGUCAACUCCUCACAGAUGCAGACUACGUCCUCUCAGACAAACUCUUCCACAGUUCAGCACACCUACCUGUCAAGCGGCUGGAACUCUUUUCGAUAUCCUUCUGAGAUCCAAAUGAUGUUACCGCAGGGGCAAUAUGUCAUCACCGAGGCAACUGUGGGCACUCCUGUUACUCCAGUCACUAGUGGUCAAGUGAAAGCAAUACAGACACAUUAUGUCAUAUCGGAGAGCCAGGGUGAUGUGGAUAUGAAGAAGAAUGGCAGUUUGACGGAAGAAGUCUCCACCAACUCGGAACAGCUUGAGCAUACAGACACUAAUCCUCCAGCGCAGUACAUUAUUGCCACCAACAUGAACGGAAGCAACGAGGUGCAUAUUUCUAAACCGUGAGACUGGGAUAGUGACCCUUGUGUAUUCAUAUCCUACUCAGCGACGUUGGACUGACGGCACAAAUUCUGGGUUGUCCUGAAUCAACCACCAGACUGACGGCAAUAUUGUGUAAUCCACCUCUGCUAUGAACAUUUUGUAUGUUUGACUGUAAGCAGAACCCGGCACAGGGCAUUCGUUUCUGGAGUUUCCCCAGAGAUUUGGUAGAACUGCUUGUAAAUGGUCAUCAGGCAUGGCUUGUUUCAUUCCAUUGACUUUCUGGUUCUCUGUGUGUUGCACAAAGUGAUAGCAGUGGCUUCUUAGAUGGAGAAGAGAGUCAUUCCUGAUUGGACAGCAGCGGCUCUCCCUGAUUCCUUAUUGGACAGCAGCGGCACUCCUUCCGCUCUGCAGGUUAAGGAAACCAUCGGAAGGGCCGACAAUGCUAUGGCCAUAUUGGCCCUAUAGGAAGGUCACUCCCGUCGAGGCUGAAGUACAUAUUGUGCUAUUAUUGUUCCUCGGAUUAUACUGGAAUCUCACCUGUAUUUUCUUCAUGCUUUGUACUUUGUGUUUUUAAUGCAGAUUCACUCUGCCUUCGUUUUUUUUUUUUUUUUUUUUAAGAAAUUGGCAGAGAUGUUACAAGCUCAAUUUUAAGAAUUCUAUAAAUAUCCUCUAAUUUAAUCCCCCUGAUGAGCCCCAGCCCCGAUUCCCUGUCUAAUUAUUUAUUUUCAGUUCCUUGUGUUUUCUUUCAGAGACUAUAAAUACUUUUUGUGGGGGGUUUUCUUUUUUUUUUUAAUCUCAUUUCUUACAGUCGUGUCCAUAUUUGAGCAUAAGCGCCGGCCUUUGAGCUCUAACCCAAAGUGCAAGAUACUGUGAAGAUGGACCUCACCAGAUGUCUUUCAUUCUAGGACAAGGAAUACCGUGUCCUGUUCUCAAAUAAAACAAAAGACAAACAUGA